ACAGUGCGGCGGAGCCGGAGCUGGAGCGGCGGCCGUGGCUGCUGCCCCCACCCCCGCCACGGGUCGCCGGGUGGCAGCGCAGCGCCGCUCCAGGCUGAGGGUCGGUGCCGAGGCGGGUGGGCGCGAGUCCCGCCCGGAUCGUCCGGGCGGCGCCGUCCCCGGGACCCCCGGGCGCUGCCAGGGAUCAUGUCUACAGCCUCCGCCGCCUCCUCCUCUUCCUCGUCCUCGACCAGUGAGAUGAUCGAAGCCCCUACCCAGGUCCUGAACUUCGAGGAGAUCGACUACAAGGAGAUCGAGGUGGAAGAGGUUGUUGGAAGAGGAGCCUUUGGAGUGGUUUGCAAGGCUAAAUGGAGAGCAAAAGAUGUUGCAAUUAAACAAAUAGAAAGUGAAUCUGAGAGGAAAGCUUUUAUUGUCGAGCUUCGACAGUUGUCCCGUGUGAACCAUCCCAACAUUGUAAAGCUAUAUGGAGCCUGCUUGAACCCAGUGUGUCUUGUGAUGGAAUAUGCUGAAGGAGGCUCUUUAUAUAAUGUGCUGCAUGGUGCUGAACCUUUGCCAUAUUACACUGCUGCCCACGCGAUGAGUUGGUGUUUACAGUGUUCUCAAGGCGUGGCUUACCUUCACAGCAUGCAACCCAAAGCUCUAAUUCACAGGGACCUGAAACCGCCAAAUUUGCUGCUGGUCGCAGGUGGGACUGUUCUAAAAAUCUGUGAUUUUGGUACAGCCUGUGACAUUCAGACACACAUGACCAAUAACAAGGGGAGUGCCGCAUGGAUGGCACCCGAAGUUUUUGAAGGUAGCAAUUACAGUGAAAAAUGUGACGUCUUCAGUUGGGGUAUUAUCCUUUGGGAGGUGAUAACACGUCGGAAACCCUUUGAUGAAAUUGGAGGGCCAGCUUUCCGAAUCAUGUGGGCUGUUCAUAAUGGUAUUCGACCACCACUGAUUAAAAACUUACCUAAGCCCAUUGAGAGCCUGAUGACUCGCUGUUGGUCUAAGGACCCUUCUCAGCGCCCUUCCAUGGAGGAAAUUGUGAAAAUAAUGACUCACUUGAUGCGGUACUUCCCAGGAGCAGAUGAGCCAUUACAGUAUCCUUGUCAAUAUUCAGAUGAAGGACAGAGCAACUCUGCUACUAGUACAGGUUCAUUCAUGGAUAUUGCUUCUACAAAUACAAGUAAUAAAAGUGAUACUAAUAUGGAACAACUUCCUGCCACAAAUGAUACUAUUAAGCGCCUAGAAUCAAAAUUAUUAAAAAAUCAAGCCAAGCAGCAGAGUGAAUCCGGACGCUUGAGCUUGGGAGCCUCCCGGGGGAGCAGCGUGGAGAGCUUGCCCCCAAUGUCCGAGGGCAAGAGGAUGAGUGCUGACAUGUCGGAAAUAGAAGCUAGGAUUGCUGCAACCACAGCCUAUACCAAGCCUAAACGGGGCCACCGUAAAACUGCUUCAUUUGGCACCAUUCUGGAUGUCCCUGAGAUCGCCAUAUCAGGCAACGGACAACCAAGACGUAGAUCGAUCCAAGACUUGACUAUUACUGGAACAGAACCUGGUCAGGUGAGCAGUAGAUCAUCCAGUCCUAGUGUCAGAAUGAUCACUACCUCAGGACCAACUUCAGAAAAGCCAACUCGAAGUCAUCCAUGGACCCCUGACGAUUCCACAGAUACCAAUGGAUCAGAUAACUCCAUCCCCAUGGCCUAUCUUACACUGGAUCACCAACUGCAGCCUCUAGCACCAUGCCCAAACUCCAAAGAAUCUAUGGCAGUGUUUGAACAGCAUUGUAAAAUGGCACAAGAAUAUAUGAAAGUUCAAACAGAAAUUGCAUUGUUAUUACAGAGAAAGCAAGAACUAGUUGCAGAAUUGGACCAGGAUGAAAAGGACCAGCAAAAUACAUCUCGACUGGUACAAGAACAUAAAAAGCUUUUAGAUGAAAACAAAAGCCUUUCUACUUACUACCAGCAAUGCAAAAAACAACUAGAGGUCAUCAGAAGUCAGCAACAAAAACGGCAAGGCACUUCAUGACUCUCUGGGGCUGCAACAUUUUAAAAUAUGCAAGGACUUUUCUUUUAAAGAAAGAAAAACCCAUAUAAUGACAGCUCAUGAGUGUUAGCUUUUUGGCAUGUUCUGAAUGCCACUACCUAUAUUUGCUGCCUUUGUUUCAUCGUUUAUUUUCCUUUUCUCAAGGUGGACAUGCAAUUCCACUGUCUCGUUGUAUAAUGUGUUGGCAUCUGUGACUUGAAUAAGCAGCAGUUCUCAACUUCAGAACCGAUGCAGUGAAGUGGCCGUGUAUGCAUGCUCAGUGUGUGAAGGCUAGCCUAACAACUGGGGGUAUCAAACUCGCUGCUGUGUGCGAACAUCGACCUUUUCAUAUUAGAGGUGGAACCUCAAGAAUAACUUUGUUCUUGUAUCUCAUCUCAAAGAACUAAAAAUUAUUUUUUUUCCAAAAGGUGAUAUAUACCAAGUUGAAGAACAGGGUAUUAUUAAUCUAGAGUAAUUGAUGGUACGUUACAGAAGUACAGGUCGUUUAGAGUGAAAGGCUCUGGUGCCAGGAGCCUUGGAUCAGUACUGAACUUAGCUCCAUCUAUAAAAUACUUACAGGUAAGUAGAGGCUGCUGAAUUUAAUGAAAGCAUUUUUUUCCACAUUUCACUCAACUAAAUUUUGUUUCUGAGAAAUUGAACAAAGUGGAUCUUUUUUAAGGCAUAAAGAUUUCUAAUUCCGUGUGUAUAUGUGUGUGUUGAAACUGUAAAGCUUUUAUGACUCUGAUAUUAAUAUCUCUUAAAUUAAAGGACAAAAAAACCAUAAUUCAUCUUAAAUGACCAUUCCUUCCUGCAGUGAUUAUUGGAUUGUUUUUAACCACGUAUUUGGAAAAGCUAGAAAGAAAUGAUGGAAAAUGGAAAUAACUGUUCCAGCUAAAAGCCUUAUGCUUCAGGUGGCUUUGUGUAUCAGCUGAAAAAUAAGCCAAGAAAAUGAGGAACAGUGAGCAAGUUACAGAAGUACAUUUAAAUUUAUCAAGUAUCUUGAUUAUUCUAAAUAUUGGGAUAAUUGAUUUUCCUUGCAAGUCCAUUCUAUCUUUGCUGUCUAUCAAUUCUUUUAAGAAAAUUUCAGCAUUUAUGAACAGAAUAUUUAUAUUCUUAAUAAGAACUUUGCUACCAACCUUCAAAAUAACUUUAAAAAACAUUAUUGAAAUAAUAACCCAUGCAAGCUCUAUUUUUUCAGUUGGUAGUCACUUUUUGAUACUGUACAAAAUGUGUUUUAAAUAAGAGGGUCACAAAUUUCAUUUUUAUAGCAUUAAUGUUAUAUUAAAAGAAAAAAAAUGAAAACAUAAUUACCCCAACUGUUAGAAUUCUAUAUGAUUGUAUUGUAGAUUUUGCUGUUUCAGAUAAGCAAGUUGACCUAAGAAGUUAUCAAAACUAUUCUUAAAAAUGCUAAAGCAGGUAACUUUUUCUUGCAUUAUUUCUUCCUUCUCCCCGUGAGUUUUAUAAUGAAUUCCUUAUGUAUACAAGCAAUAAAAGUAAAGGACAGUUUGUACUAA